AUGGGGGAGGGGCAAAAGUGGAAGCAAGGAGGCCGUUCGAGUAUUGCAGUCACCCAGAUCACAGAGCUGAAGACAAAGCUGGACUCCACAGAAAGAAUCCUCAGCACCCUGGAGAAGGAGCGGCCACCGAGCCAGACGGCCAGCGACAGGCCGCAGGAGCCGCAGAACGGAAAGGAGAAGGAAAAGGAGAGCCUAAAUGAAGAAUUACAUGAGUUAAAGAAAGAGAAUAAGCUUUUAAAGGAAACAAAUGCUCUCGUGAACAGGAAGAAGGAACACUAUGAAUGUGAAAUAAAACGCCUCAAUAAGGUACAAAUAUAUGAAGAAGACUUCAAACGGGAACGAUCAGACCGAGAAAGGCUCAAUCAAGAGAAAGAGGAGCUACAGCAAAUUAACCAAAUUUCUCAGUCCCAGUUGAACAAACUGAAGUCUAAGAUAAAAGCUUUCCAGAUGGAGAAGGAAAAACUUGAGAAGCAAUUUCAACAGAUGAGUUUUCCCACCUCUAACUGCGGCUUGGGUUCCCCACUGCGGGAUCUGUGCAGACCGACGGGCCCUGGAGCUGUGCAGGACCUACAGAAGCACCCACCAGACUAUCAGUGGUAUGCUCCUGACCAGCUUCCGCCAGAUGUGCAGCACAAGGCGAAUGGUUUCUCCUCAGAAAAGAAAGUCAAUCAGUAAUGCGCGGGGCAAAGGGAGAGCCAGGCUGGGCCCUCGUUUUUUCUUUUCACUGUGGCUCGUGUCUGCCUCUACUGUGCGUCAUCGGCACCACCAUUCAUGCAGUGUUUCCUUUUGGCAUCGAUAGAGGAAAAGACUUGUGGCAGCUGAGAUCCUGAUUGAGUCUGCGGGGCCAGGACUACAAAAACUAACACAGUGGCCCGUGUCCUUAAGAUAUUUCAAGGGGCACAUGGACUAUGCCCCACUCCCUGAAACCUCUCCGCUUGUAUCGCGGUUGGAUUUACAAGAUAACUUCAUGAUUUCAGCAAUGCCCCUGUGGAUGCAGUAAUACUGCAUGCUGACUGAAAAGCGUAUCCCCUGGCGUGAAAGUAUCUGCACUUGUAACUUUUUAUCCUUGCUCCCAUGUUUUCAUAGGGACUUCUUAGUUCUUUAGCCGGUUUAACUAGAUACUCUGUGCAUCACAGCUGGCCUCAGUGAGCCUCUACAUAAGAUUGAAGAGGUGUGCGUGCUUCCUUAAAUGAGUGGUUCAGUCCGAAUAAAAUUAUAAACAUGACGCUAUUCCUUAAACCGAUCAUUCCUUUAAGAUGAUGAGAAAUUGCGAGCCUGCUUCAUUUUCAGGUGGACUAGAUUGUGAAAGAUGGACUCCUAACGUGAUGGUGACGACUUGGCUGCAAGUGUAGGCACUCACAGAAGUAGUUCAGGGCAUUAUGGGUUUGCAGCGAAAUCUGUGCUUUCUUUCCUAUGGACUCAAGUGUUAUUAAUGAAAAGCAUAACUGUGAUGUCUCCAACCAAUAAAAAUGGAAAACAAAUGUAUCCAAUUUUAUUGCAAUUAAAUUGCACA